AAGCCCAGCGAGGAUUGAGCUUUACUCAACACCCUCUCUCUCUCUCUCUCUCUCUCUCACACACACACACACACACACACCUGCAAAAACCUCAUGGGAGACAUAUUGAACGAAGACCAGAUAGUGGAGUUCCAAGAGGCCUUUAGCCUAUUUGACAAAGAUGGAGAUGGGUGCAUCACCAUUGAAGAAUUGGCGACUGUAAUAAGGUCUUUGGAUCAAAACCCCACAGAGGAAGAGCUCCAAGACAUGAUCAAUGAAAUCGAUUCCAAUGGAAAUGGCACCAUAGAAUUCUCUGAAUUCUUGAAUCUCAUGGCCAAGAAAAUGAAGGAAACUGAUGCGGAGGAAGAGCUCAAAGAAGCUUUCAAAGUGUUUGACAAGGAUCAAAAUGGCUACAUCUCAGCUGAGGAGCUUCGACACGUGAUGAUCAACUUAGGGGAAAAAUUAACAGAUGAAGAGGUGGAGCAGAUGAUUAGGGAGGCUGAUUUGGAUGGAGAUGGACAAGUUAAUUACGAUGAAUUUGUGAAGAUGAUGAUGGCUAUUGGAUAAAAGAUUAGUUGAUAAAUUAUUUGUUAAUCUCAUGUUUAAUUAGUCUUUAAUCUGCUCCAAUUGUCUAAUUAAGGUUAAGUAGUUAAGCUUUUGUGUGUAGAGAGGAAAAAAAAUGUAUGUCAGUUGCAAGUAAGGGUGCGAUUGCUAUCUGAAUUAGAUUAGUUUGUAAUUGUAUUCUUUAAUUUUUAGAUCAAAUGGUAAAGUUAAUUUGAAUU